CGCCCUCCUCUUUCCAUACCCGCCUUCACUUACUUCAGAUUUCAAGGGAUUUGUCUUAUUAUCUGAGCUCUCUGGUAGAAGAUUUGAAUUAAGCAGUCUUGAAUUUGAGAAGCUUCAUAUAGAAAUGUAAGUGGCAUGGGCAAACUUAGGUGAUAUAAGAUUCUGGGGAGACAAGUUUGAGAGAAUGGAAUCGACUGUUCCUGUAUCUGGAGACACUUCUAAUAGUAAUGUGCGUGCUUUGAGUAAUGUUGAGGCGAUAGAUGACUCUGGGGAAAAUGAGCACUUGCAUGCCAAUAAUGAAGUUGAGCACUCGCAGGAGGACAGGAAUGACAAGAUGGGGAAAAAUUCACCAGGGAAUGCAACAAUUGAUUGUGAAGUUCGUAGAAAUAUGGAGCCAUUUGAAGGCAUGGUAUUUGAAUCUGAAGAAGCAGUGAGGGCCUUUUAUAAUGAAUAUGCACGGCAGAUGGGUUUUGGCAUCCGCAUCUAUGGCAAUCGCCGUGCAAAGAAUGGUCAGAAUGUCAGUCAAUACUAUGUGUGCUCUAGGCAAGGUCACCGAGGAAAAAAGUACCUAAUGAGUGAGAAUCCACGACCACAUACGAGAGAAGGGUGCAAAGCGAGGAUUUAUGCUAAGAGAGUGGAGUCUGGACAAUGGGUCAUUAAAAAGUUUUUUAAGGAGCAUUCUCAUGCAAUGGUCUCUCCUUCCAAUGUUGUGCUUCUUCGAUCUCAUAGGCGUGCAGCUAACAGAGCAAAAAACUUAAACUUCAUUGGCGCUUUUGACAAAGAACUCGAGAACCAAGUUGAAAACAAGAGUCGAGAAUGCAAUAUGCAAGAGCAAGAUGAUAACUCUCAUGAGCCUUUGACCUUGCGAUACAUUGAUCUACGUGAUCAUGCCCUUAAAGUUGUGGCGGAGGGGGCCACAACUGCAGAGAGCUACCGUUUUGCCAUGCGUGGUAUACAAAAGCUUUUGCAAGACGUCAUUGCCAACAAAUUGAGGACAUUCACACAAAAUGGUGGUGUUCAAGGAGAUAAUACUUACAAAGUAAGUCAACCAGCUUCUAUUAAUGAGAAUGUGACUCUGGGGGAUCCUCAACAUACAAACAAAACAGGGUGCCCUCCAACUACUAAUCUGAAUCUCGGUUGGGAGAAUGCAUCAAAGAAGCGAAAGACAUGUGUUAAUUGCAAGCAGCAAGGUCAUGACAAGCGCACUUGUUCAAGGUGGACUUCUAACAAUGCUGUGGCUGUCCCAAUGAGUGCCAUUCCUGAGCAUGAACUUGACCCUAGCUCCACGGUUGCUUUUGGAGGAUUUCAGAGAUUUGGGUUUGGAGCAUGACGCAGAAAGAUAAAUAUUGUGGAUAAAGUGCCUUAAUUCCUCUACUGCAAAACUCAAGCAUUCAUUCUUCACAAUUGGAUCUUAUGGAGGCACUUUUUUUCGGAGAAAAAAGAGGGCGGGGAAAUGGGGGAAUCAAAUAUUCAGUUGGGAAACCUAUAUUCUUAGUUAUUUUCUUAUUUAUUGCUUUAUCUGUUUGAAGGGGGAAAUGAGAUUAGAUCAUUGGAAAGGCAAAGCAACUCAGAAUAAACCAAAAAAGAAGUUGGUUUAUGAAUUUGAAUUCAUCAGGUAUUUCAUUAUGCACUGAAGAUCAGUCGAGAAGUACGCAUCUUCCUUAUCAAAGCUGGAAGUAGAAUAAAAAUAAUUAAAAAAUAAAAGAAGUUUGUGUUCUCUGUUACAUGAUAGUGUGUAGACGAUUGUUAGGAAAGAUUUGUUUGACCUCUUAUUUUUUAAUCAUGUAUCUGGAAUCUAUCUCAUCAUCAUCAAAGUUUUUUCUCAACUAUUUGAGGCCAGCUCACGAAACUAUUUGGGGCCAGCUCAAGAAUCUUGGUCCAUUAUUAUGCUCUAUCAAGGGCCAUGUCUUUAGUGAUGUCAUAAAUCUCUAUAUCUUUUCUCGUUAUUGCCAACCAUAUCUUUUUAGGCUUAUCUUUUAACCUUUUUGAAUCUUUCACUUAAGCCAACCCACACUUUCUAAUAUGUGUUGUACUGGGUUUGUGUUGCAUAUGACCAAUCUACUUAAGUCUACUUGCUCUCAUCUUAUCACUUAUUGGAGCCACAUUUAAUUUCUCCUUAGUGUAGUCAUUUCGAAUUUUAACCCUUUUGGUUUCGCAACUUACCUAUCUCAACUUAGCUACACUUAUCCUAUGGGCAUAUUGUUUCUUGAUUGCUCAAUAUACUGUCUAACAUGUGUUGUACUGGGUUUGUGCUGCAUACGACCAACCUACAUAAGUCUAUUGCUCUCAUCUUAUCACCUGUUGGAGCCACAUCUAAUUUCUCCUUAGUGAAUUCAUUUCGAAUUUUAAUGCUUUUGGUUUCGUAACUUACAUCAUCAUCUUAGCUACACUUAUCCUAUGGGCAUAUUGUUUCUUGAUUGCUCAAUAUAAUGUCCAAUAAAACAAAGUUGGUAUCACAACUAUUUUAUAGAACUUCCCCUUCAGUUUCAUUCGUAUGCGGCGAUCAUAUACCAAUAUACCAAUGAAGCUGAAGAGGUGGACACAUCUCAAAAAUAAGGAGCUAUAGAGAUUUUAGGAUAGAUAACUAUCUUUUGGGAGAGAGAGAUAGAGCUUACCCAUCUUUAGGGGAAAAUAGUUAGAGAAAGAAGAAAGGAGCUAUAGAGAUUUUAGGAUAGAUAACUAUCUUUUGGGAGAGAGAGAUAGAGCUUACCCAUCUUUAGGGGAAAAUAGUUAGAGAAAGAAGAAAGUUGUAUGUAUCUAUUUUAAGGAGAGAGAAAAAAGUAGAAAAUUUUAGGAGUAUGACAAGAAAAGCUCUAAAAAAUAUUAAAAAACUAUCUUUAGGGGGAUUUUACCAACUAUAAUAUUAUCACUAAAAAGUUUUUUUUUCUUAAUCAAACUACUAGUGAGUUCACAAAUCCAAGAGAUACAAAGGGAGAGAGAGUUAGAGAGUGUGAGAAGGGAGGUAUUGGGAGAGGGAGGGAGAGAGAGAAGGGCAUAAAGAGGGACAAGAUUAUUGAGAGAAGGAAAGGAUGGGGUUAUGAAGAGUGAUAACUUCCCAUCUCUAGUGGAAAAAGGAUAAGAAAGUUGAAUAUUUUAAGAGGAUUAAAAAAAUUUCUAAAAUAUUCAAAUGCUAUGUAUUUGAUUUUUUAAAAUUGUUAAAGUGUAUUUUUUAGAAAUCAUAUUAUACUUUAUUUUAUUUUGAGUGAUCUGGUAGUAUUGUAAUUAUGUGUAAUAGGAAGUUAUGGAACUACUACGUAGUUAGCAGUUACUGUUAUAAAUAUGUAAUUAUUGUUGUACGUGGGUAGUUUUUGUAAUAAAUAUGGUUGUAAGAACUUAUGUUUAAAGAGAGAUGUGUGGUGGAAAAUUGGAUCACAUGUAUCAAGGUUGUAAUGCAUAUGUACCAUUUUUUUAAUUGAAUAAAUUGUUUGUUUCUUCCAUUGUUUUUAAUCUUUUUGGUGGUGAGUCUUGGGGUAGUAUGACAUUAUUACACUAAUUAAGAAGCCGAUUGUUUCGGUGUUGUGGCAUCUGUUUUUCUCCACAUGGUAUUAGAGCCACAAAGGUGGUGGUAAUAUUGUCUUGACUCCCACGGUGAAGAAGAUCUAUGGUCUUUUUGAAAAUAAAUUUGGGUGGAAGGUCGAAACAUUUUAGUACUUAGUUGGGAACUCAACUCAAGGUGGUCUUUCUAUUUCCCAGCUUCUUAAAGAUAAAAAAAUCUUGUUAAGAUAUCUCUAUUAUUGAUAUUGAAUGAAGCAACACAUCAUUCAUGGAGUAAGGAAGGAGUAUGUUCCUUGUGUUAUUUCUACUCAAGGGUGGGCUACACAGCCAUCCUUGGUGGAGCUUAAGAAUAUCCUUGGUGGCUCAUCAAAUGUCUGGAUAUUCGAUUUCAAGAAAUGAUGAAGAUGAUCGUAUCACACUUAAGAUCUAAAUAUUGUCUCAUUUCUAGAAAAUCACUUCUAAGUAGAACAUUAAAAUUGUUAAAGUGUAUUUUCUAGAAAUCAUAUUAGUUUUUAUAUUAUUUUAUUUGAGUGAUGUAGUGAGGUUGUAUUAAUUAUUUAUAUUAGGAAGUUAUGGAACUAUUACAUGGUAAAUAGAUAUUGUUGUAAAUAGGUAGUUAUGUUAUCAAUGAGUGAUAUUGUAGUAAAUAUGGUUGUAAGAACCACUAUUUCAAGAGACGUGUGUGGUAACAAAUUAUGUCGUAUGUAUCAAGUUUGUAAUACUUAUAUGUUCCUCUUUAAUCGAAUAAAAGUUAUUUUUCUUCCACCUCAUCUUGAUUGUUAUUCUUUAAUCUCUUUGGUGGUAAGUCUUAGAUCAGUGUGACAUUAUUACACUAAUUGAGAAACAUAAUGUUUCUAUAUUGUGACAUACUUCUUUCUCCACAAGAUAUAAGAGCCACAAAGGUAGUGAUGACUCUCUUGGCGAAGAAAUUCAAUUGUCUUUUUUUUUUUUGGAAGAAAAAUAAUUUUUAACAGCUAGACAUGGUUUCUUUUCAAGAAAAUCAUUUUA